AUGGAGAAAAAGACCUUAAACCAAGAGGGUCUGCUGUCUCUAGAGCAGCCACUAAUAAGGGUGCCAUUAGAGCAAUUCCGACGAGCCUUCAAGACAUCCCAAAAAUAUAUUGAAAAGGAUCUCGCAGCCCUGAAUACCGCAUCUGUCGAAUUAGCCAAUCGGGCUGGAAUGGGAACUACAUUGGCUGAUGAUGCCUGCAAGAGUCUGGAUGCGAUGGCAGAGAGGUUGGGAAAGCUGAAGAGAAAGUUGGAAGAAUCCAAGAGUGAAGAACUACUCUACACGCAACGCAGCAAACUACGAUUGGAUCAUCUCAUGGAAUUGUCGAGUAUGACGGCUGCUGACUCAGAAGAGUAUGCGAGAUGGAGCAAGACGCGAUUGGAUCGUAUUCUUGUCGAGUUUAUGUUGAGGCAAGGGUAUAGUCGGACUGCUGAGACUAUGGCCAAGGAGAGUAAUAUCAAGGAUUUGGUUGAUAUCGAACUCUUUGUCCAAUCCCGUCGAGUCGUAGAAGCUUUAAUGAAUAAGAGCUGCACGGAGUGUUUGCAGUGGUGUGCUGAGAACAAGUCAAGCUUGCGAAAGAUGAAGAGCACGCUUGAAUUCAAUCUCAGACUACAAGAGUACAUUGAAUUGGUCCGUAUAAGAAAGUUGGCUGAUGCCAUCCUGUAUGCACGAAAGCAUUUGACGCCAUGGGCAGAGACCCAUUUGAAGGAAAUACAGCAAGCUAUGGGGUUGAUGGCGUUUACUCCUGAUACCACGUGUGAAAACUAUCGGGCCAUGUUUGAUAUGGACAGAUGGCACCAACUCAUCGACCAAUUCCAAACCGAUAAUUACGCACUCAACUCCUUAACGUCUCAGCCACUCCUCUACAUGACACUCCAAGCCGGAAUGGCAGCUCUCAAAAACCACGCAUGCUAUCAAGAAGCCAACAGGAAUAUGAAUUGUCCUGUCUGUGCAUCUGAUACGUUUGGUGUGCUGGCUGAACGAUUGCCAUCGUCUCAUCACUCUAAUUCGUGUAUUGUGUGUCGGAUUACUGGGAAUAUUGUGAAUGAGGAUAAUCCGCCGAUGGUGCUUCCGAAUGGUUAUGUUUAUUCUCUCAAGGGAUUGACAGAACUCGCAGCAAAGAACAAUGGGAAUAUCAAGUGUCCUCGAACUGGAUCCACGUAUCAUAUUUCUCAGCUCCGGAGAGCCUACAUUGCCUAA